AAAAGGACUAUUUGCAUACUAUUUUCAUUUGUUCGGGAUUCAAAGAUAAAAAAAAGUCAAUGUUCUAGACCACAAUCAUAAAAUAGUCAUAAGUUUAGGACCAAAAAUAAACUCUACUCUCCGUCGAUCUAAAUUUGAGAUGAAAUAUUCUUAUAAAAUUGAUGAAUUUGUUUGGCAAAAACAGCUGCAUGGCAAUUGAAACCCAUAUUUGUCAAAGUACCUUCAAAGAACUUUCACCAACGUAAUUCUCAUUACACUUCCAUUUUAUACAGGCCCAAAAAUAAAAGCCCAAGAUUGAACCCCAAGAUGGGCUUCACCAAUGUAUUCACAACCCAUUUAGGUGUGAUCUGAUGGUAGAUAUGGAAGCCAAUUGGACCGCCGGAACCUCUGUUUGUACAUGGAGAGGAGUUACUUGUGAUUCAUCUAAUAGUAGAGUGACUCAUUUACAUCUCAACUAUAAGGGACUCAGAGGUUGCAUCGCACCAGAAAUUGGAAAUAUUUCUUUUCUCGUUUCGGUAGAUUUGAGCGACAACUAUUUCCAUGGCCCCCUACCAAAGGAUAUUUGCAGAUAUAACAACCUUCCUAGACUCAAAGAACUUCAGCUUUUCAAUAACAAAUUGGAGGGAGAAAUACCAAUGAGUUUGGGUGAAUGUCCACAACUUGAGCUUCUUGAUUUGUCAUUCAACAACUUUAGUGGACAUAUGCCUACACAAAUUGGGAACAUCACACACCUUAAGACACUAGACCUUGGUUUUAACAAUCUGAGAGGUACUAUUCCCAAAGAAAUUGGCCUUCUUAAGAAGUUGAAGGUGAUGGAUUUGUCUUAUAACAAACUUAGCGAAUCAAUCCCAAGAGAAGUGUGGAAUAUGACAAAUCUCAUUCAAUUAUGGCUUUCAGAUAAUUUUCUAAGUGGAGUUAUUCAACAAGAGAUUGGUCAUCUUGCUAAUUUUCAACGGUUGGGCAUGAGCUCGAACGAAUUGUCAGGGUCUUUGCCGUCAGCCGUUUUAUCAACAUAUCUUCUUUGGAUACCAUUGACCUAUCAAGUAACACACUUUGUGGUGCAUUUCAUUCGGAAAUUCAGAACUUGAAAGCACUGACACUCUUAAGGCUUGGGAACAUUGGCAUGAUUUCUAACUCUUGAAAGCACUGACACUCUUAAUUUAAGCAUAUUCUUGCAUUAUAGCAUUAAUUUGCAACUUGCACGUAGCAUUAAAUGAUCUCUUAUUCUCUCCAACAACUUGAAUGGUGAGCUCCCAUUCUCCAUCUGUUACUUGACAUCCAUUGAAUGUUUUUGUUGGGCAUUUUAUAAAUAUCAUAAAAUGGCAUGCAUGCAUGCAUAUUUUUCAAUUUGAUUCUUAUCGUUGGUUUAUCUUUCAAAUAUACUUGUUUUAAGGUCCAAUACCAUCCACAAUCGGAAAUCUUUCAAAUCUGGACUUCUUAUAUCUCUCUUCCAACAAUUUAAAUGGUGAACUCCCAUCCUCCAUCUGCAUGUCAGGCAUUCGUAUUCUUCUUCUCUCAAAUAAUACUUUGGAAGGAAGACUGCCACACUGCAUCGGAUCU